AUGGCCCAAGGAUUAUCUAAUGAUUUUCGUGAAUUAAUCAAACGAAGUACAGAAAGAGUAGCUCUUAUAUGGUUCCAGUCUUCUUCGAUUAUCAAUGCUGAAUUUAAACAAGCGAAAGACCAAAUACAAGCUAUCUGCAACUGGAUAUUUGAUUAUGAUAAUAUUGAAAGAACCGUUACCGAUUUGCAACAGAUCGAUUUUCGAGCGAAGUUUUUUCUCAUUACUUCCAACGACGAUGCAGUGGAACUCAUCCCAAAGAUUCACCAGAUUCGCCAAUUAGAUUCGAUAUUUCUCUUUUCAAACGGUGGCACUCACGACCAACAUUUAUUGGAUCAAUUUGAUAAAGUUGUGAAUGUAUUCAGUCGUUGUAAUGAUCUUGUCACUUCAGUAAAAGAAAAUCUUAUGGAUGUUAAGGAACACAUCAAAAUCUUUUCUUUCUAUGAUCAACAUCAACGAGCCACACAAGAUAUAUCAACUGAACACGCGAAAUUUCUUUGGUUUCAAUUAUUCAAGGAUGUUAUUCUUCAUUUACAUGAUGAUGAAGAGGCCAAAGAAGAUGAAGAGGCCAAAGAAAAUCAAGAGGCCAAAGAAGAUGAAGAGUCCAAAAAAAAUCAAGAGGCCAAAGAAGAAAUGCUCAACGUUUGUCGUCAGUAUUAUCGAGACAAUAAAAAAUAUCUCAAAGACAUUAAUAACUUUCAGAAAGAUUAUAAGCGAAGUGAAUGUAUCUCUUGGUACACCAGUACCACAUUUGUCUAUCGAAUAAUCAAUCGAGCUUUGCGAACAGGAAAUAUCGAGCAAUUAUACACAUUUCGAUAUUAUAUUGCUGAUCUCUCUAAACAACUUAGAGAUGAAUAUCAAAAGUUUAAACUACGGGACGAAAACAUAAUUGUACUACAUCGUGGAACGAUUAUGGCGCGGAACGAAGCUGAACAACUCCAGGCAAAUAAAGGUCAAUUAAUUGCCGCGAAUACUUAUUGGUCAACGAGUCGAAAUGAAAAUAUUGCACGUAUAUAUAUUUCUGGUCAUCAAAAUGAUUUAAAACAAGUAGCUGUAUUAUUUCGAAUUGAAUGCGAUAUUCAAGAUGAACAAAGUUCGGUGAUUUUUGCUGAUAUCGCCGGUUAUAGUGACAUUCCUGACGAAGAAGAAGUUCUAUUUGACAUCGGAGCAGUUUUUCGAAUCGAGAGCGUUACCUCAGAAACAAUCGAUAAGACAGAGGUUGUCGUUGUACAAAUGAAAACAACGAACGAAGGCCAAGAUGUUCUUGAGGAAUAUCGAAAACAAAAUCAGAAACAAAUGGAAUCAGAAGGUCGGCCGAUCAUGUUAUGCAGAAUUUUGAAACGAAUGGGAAAAUGUAACCAAUCUCGUAUGCUUCUUGAACGGCUUCUCGACCAUCCGAAUGGAGGAAAUAAGGUUCAUAUUUACAAUCGUCUUGGUAUUACCUAUAAAGAUGAGCAUCAAUAUGACCGUGCAUUGAAGCAUUUUGAGGAAGCACUGAAACUAACCGAUUUUGCUGAUCCAUCUCAACGAAAGUAUGCCGCUUAUAUUUUCCAUAACAAAGGUUUACUUUGUGCGAAAAGAAGACAACAUAAUGAAGCACUCGAAUUCUAUGGGCACGCGAUCGAAAUGCUGGAAAAGGAGAUAAGUCCUCCGAAUACUGGCAUUGCCCAAUUCUUAAAUAGCAUCGGACGCAUUUAUUUCCAACAGCGAAAAUACCAAAAAGCACUUCAGUAUCAACAGGAUGCAUUACAAAUGAGAGAAAAAUGUAUGUCAGCGGAUCAUCUUGUUCUCACGUUCAGUUAUGCAGAUAUUGGCAAUAUUUACCAACGUCUACAUAAUUAUGAGCAGGCAUUGCACUAUCAUAAGAAAGCCUUAGACCUUCGACAGAGAUAUUUACUACCGAAUCAUCACAAUACAGCAUAUAGCCUUCGUGACGUUGGCAAAAUUUAUUUCGAAAUGGGUAAGCACGAGCAAGCGCGCCAAUAUUAUUUCGACUCACUGGAAAUAAUAGAAAAAUGGUUGUCGGCCUCUUUCAAAAAUUCUAUGCCAUCCAUUCUGGAAGCUAUUGCUAAGACCUACGAUGGCUCUAUGCCUGAAGAGGCACUUAUAUAUCGAUUGAAAGCAUUAGAAAUUCAAAAAAGCAUUCAAUCUGUUGAUUAUGUGGCUGUUAAUCAACAACUCGAUUAUCUUAGUUUGAUGUGCAAAUCAAAGGAAAAUUUGAACGAUGCACCUAUGUAUCAUGAAGAAGCUUUUGACAUUCAAGCAAGGCAUUUAUCUAAGAAUCCAUCGUAUAUGCCGUGGAAAUGUAAGUUAGCAUGCCAAUAG